AUGCAGAAGAGCGUCCGUUACAACGAAGGGCACGCGCUGUUUCUGUCGGCGGUCGCGCGUAAAGAUGGCACCAAGCGCGGCUACCUAAGCAAGAAGACGGCGGAGAACAGCCGAUGGCACGAGAAGUUCUUCGCCCUCUAUCAGAAUAUACUGUUUUACUUUGAGAAUGAGCAGAGCGCGCGACCUGCCGGGAUUUACCUGUUGGAAGGAUGCACCUGCGAACGCGCGCCGGCGCCCAAGAUGUCCACCACUGGGAAGGAAGCGCUGGAGAAACAGCACUAUUUCCUCAUUGUGUUUGGUCACGAUGGACAGAAGCCUCUGGAGCUGCGGACAGAGGAGGAGAGUGAGUGUGACGAAUGGGUGGAGGCCAUCCAGCAGGCCAGUUAUUCUGACAUCAUCAUUGAACGAGAGGUUCUGAUGCAGAAAUACAUCCACCUUGUACAGAUAGUGGAGACUGAGAAGGUGGCUGCAAAUCAGCUGCGCACACAGCUGGAGGAUCAGGACACAGAAAUUGAAAGACUCAAAGCAGAGAUUAUAGCUCUGAACAAAACUAAGGAGCGGAUGCGUCCUUACCAUGUCAACCAUGAAACUGAAGACCCAGAUAUUAAAAAGAUCAAAAAGGUCCAGAGUUUCAUGCGAGGCUGGCUGUGUCGGAGGAAGUGGAAAAUUAUUGUUCAGGACUACAUUUGCUCUCCACACGCUGAGAGCAUGAGGAAGAGGAACCAGAUCGUCUUCAACAUGGUGGAAGCAGAGACAGAGUACGUCCACCAGCUCUACAUCUUGGUCAACUGUUUCCUCAGACCUCUGAGGAUGGCUGCCAGCUCAAAGAAGCCCCCCAUCAGCCACGAUGAUGUCAGCAGCAUUUUCCUCAACAGUGAGACCAUCAUGUUCCUGCAUGAGAUUUUCCACCAAGGCUUGAAGGCGAGGAUAGCGAACUGGCCUACCCUGGUGCUGGCUGACCUAUUUGACAUAUUGCUGCCCAUGCUCAACAUCUAUCAGGAGUUUGUGAGAAACCAUCAGUACAGCCUCCAAGUUUUAGCCAACUGCAAGCAGAACAGAGACUUUGACAAGCUGCUGAAACAAUAUGAGUCCAAUGCCGCCUGCGAGGGAAGAAUGCUGGAGACCUUCCUCACAUACCCCAUGUUCCAGAUUCCCCGCUACAUCAUCACUUUGCAUGAGUUACUGGCACACACACCUCAUGAACAUGUGGAACGCAAAAGUCUUGAAUUUGCAAAGUCCAAAUUAGAGGAACUGUCCAGAGUAAUGCAUGAUGAGGUGAGUGACACAGAGAACAUUCGGAAGAAUCUGGCAAUCGAGAGGAUGAUAGUAGAAGGUUGUGAUAUCUUGUUGGACACCAGCCAGACCUUCGUCAGGCAGGGCUCUCUGAUCCAGUUGCCGUCAGUGGAGCGAGGGAAGCUGAGUAAGGUUCGUCUGGGCUCUCUGUCUCUGAAGAAGGAAGGGGAAAGGCAGUGUUUCCUCUUCACUAAACACUUCCUGGUCUGCACACGCAGCUCUGGGGGGAAACUGCACCUUCUAAAGCAAGGUGGAGUUUUGUCCCUUAUUGAAUGCACACUCAUAGAGGAACCAGAUGCCAGUGACGAGGAGUCUAAGGCUGGCGGUCAGGUUUUUGGUCAGCUGGAUUUCAAGCUUGUUGUGGAACCAUCAGACUCACCUUCAUUCACUGUGGUGUUACUGGCUCCAUCACGGCAGGAGAAGGCUGCAUGGACCAGUGAUAUCAGCCAGUGUAUAGAUAAUAUCCGCUGUAAUGGCUUGAUGACCAGUGUGUUUGAGGAGAACUCUAAAGUCACCGUGCCUCAUAUGAUCAAAUCCGAUGUGCGUCUCCAUAAAGAUGAUGUUGACAUUUGCUUCAGCAAGACGCUCAACUCCUGCAAGGUCCCCCAGAUCCGCUACGCCAGUGUGGAGCGCCUGCUGGAGAGGCUGACCGACCUGCGCUUCCUUUCCAUAGACUUCCUCAACACCUUCCUGCACACAUACAGGAUCUUCACCACAGCAACAGUGGUCAUGGACAAACUGGCUGACAUCUACAAGAAGCCCUUCUCUUCUAUUCCUAUCAGGGCACAGUACCACUCAUAUGACCGUCUGUCCAUCUCAUCCAUCUGUCCUGACUACAGUCUGAAGAUCAAGAAGAUAGCCAUGGAUCAGUCCAAAUCCUUGGAGCUGUUCUUCGCUACAAAUCAGAAUAACAGAGGUGGUGAGCACAUAAACGAAAAAUCUCCUCGUCUUUGCCGCAAGUUCUCCUCUCCUCCUCCUCUUUCCAUCCCGUCCCGCACCGCCUCGCCUGUCCGAACACGGAAGCUUUCCCUCCACUCACCUAUCACUGCUAGGGUUGGGGGACUUGACCUAACCAGUCCUCUUUCCAACUACAGCAUAAACCACAACACUUCCCACUCUGCUGCCAGUAGCCCAACAUCUGCCCACACCCCCCAGACCCCAACACCUCAGACACCAACCCCAACCACAUCCUCUCCUCCUCCCAACUCCACCUCCCCCCCGCCCAACAAUUCCAAGUCACCACAGGACCAAGUUCCUCCAAUUCCCUCAUCCCCGGACCAAAGUCCCUGCCCGACUGCAGAGGGCGAGGAGCUGCCAAGGAUCGACCCCUUCUGUGGCAAACUGCGACGAAGCAUCCGCAGAGCUGUGCUGGAGUCAGUGUCACUGGAGAAAAUUCUCCCAGAGUCUCCUCAGAGCAGUGAAGCAGGAGACAUGUCCCCAUGUCGCUCCCCUUCCACACCUCGACACCUCCGCUACAGACAGCCUGGAGUCCAGUCAGGGGAGAACUCCCGCUGCUCAGUCUCUCCUGCUUCAGCCUUUGCUAUCGCUACUGCAGCAGCAGGACACGGUUCACCACCAGUGUUCACAAACUCAGAAAGAACUUGUGAUAAAGAGUUCAUCAUCCGACGAGCUGCAACCAACAGAGUUCUCAAUGUGUUGCGGCACUGGGUCUCCAAACACUCACAGGAUUUUGAGAUGAAUGGGGAGCUGAAGAUGUCAGUGAUCUGUCUCCUGGAGGAAGUGCUCAGAGAUCCAGACCUUCUGCCUCAGGAGAGAAAAGCUACUGCCAACAUAUUAAGUGCCCUUUCUCAAGAUGAUCAGGAUGAUGCCCAGCUGAGGAUAGAGGACAUCUUACAGAUGGCGGACUGUCCAAAGGCGGAGUGUUUUGAGUCUCUCUCAGCGAUGGAGCUGGCUGAACAAAUCACUCUGCUGGAUCACAUUGUCUUCAGGAGCAUUCCUUAUGAAGAGUUCCUGGGCCAGGGCUGGAUGAAGGUUGAUAAGACAGAAAGGACACCAUACAUUAUGAAAACAAGUCAACACUUCAAUGAUAUGAGUAAUCUGGUGGCAUCACAGAUUAUGACCCAUACCGAUGUGGGCUCGAGGGCCAACUCCAUAGAAAAGUGGGUGGCAGUAGCUGAUAUCUGCCGCUGCCUCAACAACUACAACGGUGUACUGGAGAUCACAUCUGCACUCAAUCGCAGUGCCAUCUAUCGUUUAAAGAAGACCUGGGCUAAAAUCAGCAAACAGAGUAAAGCUCUGAUGGAUAAACUGCAGAAAACCGUGUCCUCUGAGGGAAGGUUCAAAAAUCUGAGGGAGACCCUGAAAAACUGCAACCCUCCAUGUGUGCCAUACCUGGGAAUGUACCUGACAGACCUGGCCUUUAUUGAGGAGGGAACGCCCAAUUUUACAGAGGAAGGUCUUGUCAACUUCUCCAAAAUGAGGAUGAUUUCCCACAUCAUCAGAGAGAUCAGACAGUUCCAACAGACGCCUUACAGAAUAGAGCAUCAAGCCAAGGUGACCCAGUACCUUCUGGACAAAACUCUGAUCAUGGAUGAAGACACACUCUAUGAUCUCUCUCUGAAGAUUGAGCCCAGGCUUCCUGCCUGA